AUGAUACGUCGACCAGCAGCCUCUCGCGGCGUCCAUCGAUCGAGCCCAAUCGGCGUUAUAAAGGCCCCUGGUUCCAACAAGAAUACCCCUCCCCGAGGUGCUGGCCAAAAGGCUGCAGGCGGCGGAGGCGGCCUGGCGUUGCCUCUACAGAAGAAGUUCGGCCAACAUCUACUGAAGAAUCCAGGGAUCCUUGACAAGAUCAUCGAGGCCAGCGACAUCAAGAGCACCGAUACCGUGCUUGAGAUUGGUCCUGGUACUGGUAACUUGACCAUGCGCCUAUUGGAGUUGGCAAAAAAAGUGGUGGCCUUGGAGAUUGACCCUCGUAUGGCUGCUGAGGUUAAAAAGCGAGCGCAGACGGCUGGUCGGAUGAAUCUGAAGGUCAUCGAGGGCGACGCUUUGAAAACUCAGUUCCCAGUUUUCGACGUUUGCGUGGCCAACUUGCCAUAUCAGAUAUCCAGUCCGUUUACCUUCAAGCUCCUGGCUCACAGGCCUGUCUUCAGAUGCGGGGUCAUCAUGUUCCAGAAGGAAUUCGGCGAGCGUCUUGUUGCCAGAGUUGGAGAGGAUAACUACGGUCGAUUGGCCAUCAACUGUCAACUCUUUUCCAAGGUCACUCGAGUGUGUAACGUCUCUAAGGGAAGCUUUAACCCCCCGCCUGAAGUCGACUCGAUGAUCGUUAAAUUCGUGCUUCAUAAGGAUCCUAUCAAUGUGGACUUCCCAGAGUUCGAUGGACUCCUAAGAGUUGCCUUCACUCGCAAGAACAAAACACUGCAUUCGUCGUUCAUGAACAAGGCCGUGGUUAAAGUUUUAGAGGAUAACUACAAAACCUAUUGUUCUCUCCAUAGCCAACCUGUUCAACACCAAGGCCCGGCGUUCAAGGCCCACGUCGAGAACACAUUGCGGGCGUCGGGACUGGCAGAGUCACGCGCCAUAAAAAUAGAUAUCGACCAGUACCUUGCCUUACUGUUAGAGUUCCACCGCAACGGUAUUCACUUCGUGAACGUCUCGGAUCCCUCAGCGACCAACAAGGCCAGCACCGACAUUUUCUCUAUGGAAGUUGACUCCUGA